CAGAAAUGCAUUAUUCAAUCAUAGAGAUAUCGGGUAAGCCAUUGAUAACCACGAUAUCUUUAAUUUGGUUGAGGUGUCCAUUCAAUAUUAUUGUUACAAAACAUACGCAAGAAAGACGAUUCUGAAGUAGCAAUCAUUUUGCCAGACACCUUAGUUUGCAUUCGUAUUUCGUUGUGAUUUCGUCUGUCGAUAAUUCAUUUAUCUUGAUCUGCCGCAAGGCAGGCACAUAAUUAUGUCAAUAUUUUAGUAAUUUCUUAAUGGAUCCAUUACCUGGCCGGGCAGUCAUUUGACUAGCGCAGCCUUGAGUGCAGGUGUACUGCCACGACUGCGACCGCCUCCUCUUCGAUCCGAGUUUGGAUCCUAUUUUGAUUUUCCAUCAUGUGGCCCGAUGACGACUAUUCGACCACAUCUGCCAGUCUGCCAUCACUGGACGCGGCCGUGCCGCGCAGAGGCGGUCUGUUGCGACUCUUCUCGAGCCGCGUCUCGGUGCGCUCCGGCGCCGACGUCUCUGAACCGCGCUCCCACCGACGCGCCAGCGACACCAGCUUGUGCCGUGGCUCGCCGCCCUCGUCCGCGACCGACUCGACCGAGGGCCGCAGCUACGUGGGCGUGCUGCGCCGCAUCAGCUCGAUCCUGGGAGCCGGCGGCCAGGGCGGGCCGGGCGACAGCGAACUGAAGCAGCACUGGCUGCCGGACGCCGUCAGCCGCGAGUGCUACGACUGCGGCGACAAGUUCACCACGUUCAGACGCCGCCACCACUGCCGCAUCUGCGGACAGAUUUUCUGCUCCCGCUGCUGUAACCAGGUGAUCCCGGGCAAGGUGCUCGGCUAUAGCGGUGACCUGCGCGUCUGCACCUACUGCUCCAAGGUGGUGAUGACCUACGUCCAGACCAUCACGUCCGGCGCAGACGCCGACGAGCAUGUGGACCAGAAUGCGGUGCUGGAGAAGGUACACGCGCACUUGGAAGCAGCGAACCAACUGAGCAGCGACAGAUCCAGCUCUCUUCCGCGGCUCAGCAAGAUGCACAGGAAAAAGUACAGUCUCGGCAUGACGGAUGCCAGUCUCCGUGACCAGGUUGAUCCGCACGAGAGCGUCUCUGACCCUCUGGAGCAGGAGCAGGAUCUGACCUACUUGACCACCUUGCUGCACAUGAUUACAAACCCUAUCCACGGCGUCGGGCUUGGCAACCACCGGCACCGGCUGAAAAACUACGGCGCCUGUCUGGUGGGCUCCGAAGUGGUGGACUGGAUGAUCUCGCAGCGGAAGGUGACGAGGCGUGCUCAGUCCGUGGCCAUCGGACAGCGUCUGGUUGACAUGAAACUGCUCGAAUGUGUCAGUCACAACACGACUGCUUUCCGAGACGACUACUGCCUGUAUCGGCCCUCGCCGGUAGCCAUGCGGCGUCCGGCACUUUCGGAGCCUGAGGAGCCCGACCUGGAGGAGCCCCACUGGCUCUCCCAGAUCGAGCUCAAGGAGAGCCACGGCGGUGGUGCAGCCACCGACGAGCCGGCCGGCGCGCCGCUGGCCCACUCUGGCUCCAUGUACGACAUCGAGCUAGAUGUGUCGGGCAGCGUGGCGUCCAUCUCGCGGGCGCAGCUGCUCCGCCAGAUGACACCGCCGGAGCCCGCCGCCGCCGCGCAGGGUCUUCACGAGGCGGCCACUGAGUAUCUGGACUCGGCAGCGACCGAGGCUGACCCACGGCGCCAGCAGGCCGACAAACGACUCUCUGCCGCUUUCGAGGCUCUCGAGUCGAGUCUGCUGAGUCAGCUGCUUGAUUCGGCCGGCCUGCCUGCCAAGUGGUAUGAGCCGAUACUUGAUUUGUCCCGCCAGUUGAGCCGGCUUGUGAAACCCGAUGUUCGCCAUGAGUGCGAUGACCUCGACGUUCGUCAGUUUGUCAAAAUAAAGCGCAUUCCUGGCGGCAAGCCUGCUGAAUCACAGAUCGUACAGGGCGUCGUCUGUCGGAAGAACAUUGUGCAUAACGACAUGCCAUCCCAACUGACGAAUCCGCAGAUCCUGCUCAUCAGCUGUCCAGUGUCUUACCAGCGUUACCAGGAUCGAGCUGUCUCCUUGGAGCCGAUGAUGAUGCAGGAGCGGGAGGUGCUGCGCAACAUCACUGCGCAGCUGUUGUCACUAGCGCCCGACCUGAUCGUCGUCGAGAAGCACGUCGACAGCAUGGCGCGCGACAUGCUGCGCGAGGCCGGUGUCACACUCGUCACCAACAUGAAAAGACAGGUGCUGGCGCGGAUCGCGCGCUGCACCCAGGCAGACGUGAUGGACCACGUGGAUGCCCGCCUGGCGGCGCCCGUGCUGGGCAUCUGCCACUCAUUCUACACUAAACAGUUCACCAUGGAGGGUGGCAGCAAGAAGACCUUCAUGUUCUUUGACGGCUGUGCAAGUCACCUGGGUUGUACGGUGCUGGUGCGUGGUGGUCACAUGAACCAGCUGAGACGUGUGAAGCACGUGCUGCGCUUCAUGGUAUCAGUGCAGUACAACUGGCUCCUGCAGAAGAGUUACCUGCGUGACUUGGUAUCUGUGCCACCGCCAUUCGGAAACCAAGUUCUGCUUGCUCAAGAUGAGGCACCAGAGGACUCGAGGGACAAGACCCGUGCCGGGAGUGUCUCCAAAACGAACGGGGCUAGCUCCCGGCCGCGCGCCUCUACCGCGCCGCCCGAUGUGGCGACGGUGGCCCCGGCGACAGGAGACGAGCGACUCCGCUCUCCGCGACGACCGGGCGAGAUGGUGACCGACUGCAGUGACCCGCUGCAGCGUCCGGCGCCAGCGCCGGUACCGGACACCAGCACGCCGGGGCUCAAGGUUGAGAUCCUGCCCGAUCGCAACAAGUUCCGAAAGUUGUUGGGCGACACGAUCGUGUGCUGUACGCCGUAUGCAAGGGUGGCCAUGCCGUACCUGGAAACGGAGGAGGGGAAGCGGAGUAGUCUGCGCCGCUUCUUCACAGCGAAUCUCUACUGGUCGGUUGAAUUUGACAAAGCCGAGAAGGCACGUCGCGCACACAUCCGCAAGGCCCCGAUCGAAACUCGGCCAGGUCCGACGUUGCUGCCUGAGCACGAGUUUGUGACGCGCUGCUUCACCCGCACGGUCGACGACGAUCAAAUGCAGGCGCUGCUGGCCGACUUCAGAGCGCGCGGCGGCCGGUGCCCGCGGGUAGAGCCAGUCGAGCCCAAUCAGGUGGAACCUGUCCAGGACCGGCUAGAGGACUGGGUGGUUCCCUGUGACGCGCUCAAUCCCAUCAACCACCAGAAGAUCGCCGUGCAGACGUACACCUACUCGAAGCUGCCGAGCGGCGUGUCGGUUGGCUGCUGUGACCCGCAUGUCAUGAUGGUCAUGUUCAAUGGCGACAGUGACACCACGCUGGGUACCUUCCUCGAGGCCGAAUGUUUCACACCAGCCUUCAAAUGCCUGAAGAAAGACUGUGUGGUGCCGCAGGAGGGACAUGUGCACCGCUUUCUCCAUGACAACAGCUGUGUGUCACUGCUCGUGUGGACCCUGCUCGAGCCGUGUCCCGACAAGCGCAUCUGGAUGUGGACGUGGUGCCGACAGUGUGAGCGCGGCUCGGCUGCCAGGCCCAUGACCGAAGACACGUGGACGUUAUCGUUCGGCAAGUUCCUGGAGACGUUCUUCCUGUGUGAACAGUACUCGUCGUUGGACGGCUGCUCGCACAGCCUAUUCCGGGAUCGCGCGCACUACUUCGCACUGCAGGACCGUGUCGCCGUCUUCAGUCACUCUCAGAUACAGCUGAACGACAUCGUGCUGCCGCAGCUGGACAUCACCGUUGAGCUGGGACCGCGAACCCAGCUCCGUCUGACCGAGGACCUGCAUGCACUCUCCGAGGGUGUGCAGCUCUUCAGUUCGAUCGUGGAGCGCUUGCUGUCUUUGCGUGCGGCGGCUGCCAGCGACGCCAAAGUGACUGAGGCGUUGCGGACCGCCCAGGAAGAGGUGGACGACGAGAAGCGGGCGUUCCGCACGCUGCUGACCGACAUCGAGACAAUGGUGGCGCCUCUGGUGGGGGAGGCCACUGACGGCGCGUGUCGUCUGGACGAGGACCGUGUGUUCGCCGCCUCCGACCGGGCCGUGCAGGCCAAACGGAUGAUGGCCGACACAGCGCACAAGUGGAAUACACGGCUGCAAGAGUUGGCUAAAGCAGUCAAAGCUAUUCCGCGACCGAAGGCGGAAGAAGUGACAGCGGAGGCAGAAAAGCCUCCGAAGAAACACUCUAACGAUGGGAAAGUGUUAGAGACCAGCACUUCCAGUCGGAAGAGCUCCAACGACCAAAAGUCCAGCUACGAUUCGAAGCAGAAGGAGGGCGCCGAUCCCGAGCCGGCGACCGAGGACGCGGCUGAUCUAUCGUCAGUCAGCAAAGUCAAGUCCAUCACUGUCGGCGGCAUCAAGGCGCUCAAGUCGCUGGCAUGGUCCAGUGGGGAGCUGGGAGAGCGGCUGACCUCUUCGCUCCCAGUCAAUGAGCACCAUCGGCUGCCGCCAACCGUGCCGCCGUCCUUCAUCUGCGGCGAAGACUUGGGCUCGAUCAUCGCCUACUGCAUGCUGACUCAGGAGUACAGCCGGCGACUGGCCGAGAUCCGGCAGCAGCUGGAGCGACCCGCCGACAGCGCCGAGGAGCCGGGCCCGGAGCGCAGCGGCCGCAUCUCCGAGUCGUCGACCGCCAACAGUGACGGUACUGGCGGCGCUGCUGAACGCGGCGAGCGCGGUGAAAAGUAUCUGGCCCAGUACCACAUCGACAUCAACAUGUCCGAGGACAACGCCAACUUCUACUGUCAGGUGCUGCUCGCCGAGCAUUUCCGCCGACUGCGCCAAGCUGUGUUCUCGGCCGGCGAGGAACGCUUCGUCCGCUGCCUCAUGCACUGUCAGCCGUGGAACGCCAAGGGAGGGAAGUCGGGAUCUACGUUCCACAAGUCUUGUGAUGAUCGCUUCGUCAUUAAGACCAUCUCCAAAGUCGAAAAGGAUCACUUUGUGCGCUUUGGCAUCCGCUACGUGGAAUACAUCUUGGACAGCCUGACGACCGGACGACCCUCUGUGCUCGCCAAAAUCCUGGGCGUGUUCCUGGUGGGUUACAAGAACAACGUCACUGGUCAGGCGAAGAAGUGUUACAUGGUCGUGAUGGAGAACCUUCUGUAUGGCCGGCAGAUCUCGCAGAAGUUCGACCUGAAGGGCUCUAUGCGAAACCGCCUGGCCGACACCAAGGACAAAUCCGAAGUGGUGCUGCUCGACCAGAACAUGGUGACACUGCUCAGCGAGAACCCGCUUUACGUGCGGCCGCACGCCAAGCGUGUGCUGAUGGAGGCCAUCUCGCGCGACACCUCCUUUCUGCAGACGUGCCAGGUGAUGGACUACUCGCUGCUGGUCGGUAUGGACGAGACGCAGCGCUGUCUGGUCGUCGGGAUCAUCGACUAUCUGCGCUCCUACACCUACGACAAGGCGGUGGAGACGUACAUCAAGUCGUACAACAUCCUGCUGGGCGAUGGGAACAACCGCCCCACCGUUCUGGAUCCGGUGCGAUACAAGACGCGAUUCGCCGUCAUGAUGAACAAGUACUUUACCGACGUUCCCGACCGAUGGCUGGGGUUCGCACAAGGUCUCGGCUUUCUCUGAUGGGCCUGCGCGGCUGAGCUUCCCCAUGGGAUUAGUUGGAGGGGCGCACUGAAGAGUGGCCGCUGGCGCUGUGGGAUGGCCGUUCUCCCCGACGAGACGGCGUGUUCCGCUCCGUCUUGCUGCCAAUGAGCGCUGCAGUCGUCUGAGGCGCGGCGAGGCGAGACCUUCCCUCCAUCAGCAGCGUUCUAGAUCCCAGAUUUCGUGCCGAGAUCGUCCGAGAGGACUGUCAGGCAUGGCAAUGUUGUAAUGCUGGCAAUGGUAUGCUGUACCGAACCGGACAACGCUGUAUGUGUGCCUAAGCUGUCCUUUGCGUGAGCUGUGAUUGAACGCUUGAGGUGUAGUGAGCGCAGUUGCCAGCAGCCCGGCGCCCGCUGUGAUAUCAGAAGCUUAUCGUUAUCGUUCAUUGCUGAUGUGCAUCAUGUUAUGGUUACCAUUAGGCUUGUAUUCACGUUGGGGAUGAGGGAAGGGUGACCAACUAUACUGCAUGAUCCAAUGGCUGGGUUUUGUAUAACGCUCUCUUCAUUAGUUUUGAGUUUGGGUGCAUUUUCGUAAAGCAUCUGUUUGGCCUUGUGUUUCAUGUUUGCAUUGUAUCUAGGAAAAUGUUGUGUUCUCAUGGCGAGCCGUCUAGUUGUUUAUUUGCUGUCAAUUGGCAUGUAAUGGUGCUACGUUUUGAGCUGUUAACCCUUGCAGUAUCAGUACGUUUAUGUAUCCAUAUCGUUAUAUCAUCUAUAUAUCGGGUGACAUGCAUGGCUAAGUAAUGUUGUUGAAAAUCUGUCGACAUUCCACAUGUUUGGUGCGGUCGUCGCGUUUCUCAGUAUUACAUUUAGUCAUUGUAUUAUGUUGUGUGGUCGGUUUCAUUGUACACGGUCUGAUUCACCUGGCCAGCCUCGCCCCUGAGACUGGAGGACGGCUGUUAUGUGAUAAAUGGAUGCAUACCGUCGGGGUAAGGGUGUAACCGUUUGGCAUUGUUUAUCGUAAUAAACCAUAUCGGUAUCUGUAAA